AAAGCCCAGAGCCAGCAGAGAUGACACCCUGAGCCUGGUCUGUGCAUUGAUGUGAUGGAGAUAGGGGCCUCCCACCGAGGAAAGAUCAGGGUGCUGGUAAACAGCCUGACUCCGAUCUCCCAUCAGUGAAGGGCACCCAUCCCUAAUCUACAGGAAGCCAAAGAGGUCCAACUCAGCAUUGAGUCCCCCAGAUAUUAAAGAGCAACUUAUUCCAUCCUUUUUGCACCUAUUACCAUGGUUCGCUUCUUAGUAAAACGAGGACUCAUCACUUCUAUAGCCCUGUGCGUUUGCUGGUUUCUCUACAAUGGUCUUUCUAUAAAUAAAAAAAUAUAUAUUGUCAAUACUGAGGAGGAUGUGUACCAGUAUAUUUCCACCACAAAAUACAAACCGUUGAAUAUUUCAUCAAAUGAAAGUAGAACGAAGCAUGACUUACCGAAACACAGCAGUCAUCCGAAACACAAUAGAACUAAAUUGUGGGAAAAGGAAAUGACUUCCAACGACUUGAUCCAGAAACUACAGAAAGUGAGAAAAAGUUACCAGUCAAUGAACAGAUACAAAGUCAAAUUCCAGGGCACCAUAAACCAGCAACACAAUCCACAUGAACUUCUCUUCCAGCUUAAACACAGGGUGAACCUGACAACACUGAAGAGUUCUGACCUACCUGACAAUGCAAGUUCCUGGAGUCAAUAUCUGCCCGACAAGGACAUUCAUGAAGCAGUGGGGAAACUAAGACAAUGUGCUGUAGUAUCUUCAGCUGGAUCUCUAAUAGGUUCAAGACUUGGACAAGAGAUAGACUCCCAUGAUGCUGUUCUUAGGUUAAAUGCUGCACCUACAAAAGAAUUUGAGAUUGACGUGGGAUCGAAAACAACAUUUCGUCUGAUAAAUUCACAGGUUGUUACGAGCGUCAAUCACCAUUUCCUGGAAAAUCGUAUAUAUAAAGAUGUGAUAUUGAUCAUGUGGGAUCCUGCUCCAUAUGAUGCUGAUAUAUAUCAGUGGUAUAAGAAGCCGGAAUUCAAAUUCUUUGAGCCAUAUAGGAAACAUCGAAUAGCGAACCCAAAGCAGCUGUUUUAUAUCCUGAAACCACAAACACUUUGGCAACUGUGGAACAUAAUUCAAGAGAACUCACCAGAACAAAUCCAACCAAAUCCUCCAUCAUCAGGGUCUAUCGGGAUCCUGUUGAUGAUGAAUAUUUGUGAGGAAGUCAACGUCUAUGAAUUUCUGCCAUCUUUACGUCAAACAGACCGGUGUUAUUAUUUCAAACCAUACUUUGACUCUGCCUGUACUUUUGGAGGUUACCAUCCACUUAUCUACGAGAAAAAUGUAUUUAAAAAACUCAACCAAGGAACUAAGGAAGAUGUUUAUGAGAAAGGCAAAGUGACCUUGCCUGGAAUGAGGCAGCAUUUGCCUAAAUCUGGGUAG